CUCCAAGGAUGGAGAGCUAACUGUGAUAUUCAAGUUGUUAUUGAUCACUAUGCUUGUGUUGAAUAUCUCACAAAAUAUGCAGCUAAAGGUGAGCCAAGAUCACCUAUAUUGAAACAGGCAUUCAAUUCUAUUGUGCAAAAUGUCGACAGUAAUACUGACCCUCAUAGAGUUAUUAAGAAGGUAGUUAUGAAAUCUCUUGGUGAAAGAGAUUAUGCAGCUCAAGAGACAAUGCAUCAUUUGUUGUCAUUAAAAUUCCACAGCUCAUCCUUUAAAGUGAUGCCAGUUAGUCUAAAUGGUUCACGUAGAGUGCGUGAUACUGCAAGUAUUGACGAGGGUGAAUCAUGCACCGAUUAUUCACUUCUUGAUGUGUAUGCUAAUCGUGAACAAUAUGACAGUUCACAAAAUAUAAUAAAUAUGAACUUUGUUCAAUUUGCUACAACUUACAAAGUUGUUAACAAUGAACUGACAAAAUUGCCAGAGAAUAUUAUACCACGAAUAUUUCCAACAUAUUCUCCUAAUCCCAAAGGUCCAAAUUUUGGCCUUUAUUGUAAAUAUCAACUUUUGAGGUAUAAACCGUGGAGAGCAACCCAAAAUAAUGCAUGGGGUGACCAAGAACCAACUGACGAGGUUCUGAUCAAUUGUUGGCAUGAAUUUUUACAAACACCUUAUGGUCAGUCUAAUGUUCCAGACUGGUUUGAUAAAUUACAAGCUGUCAUUGAAAGUCAAGAAGCAGAAGAUGAACCUUCUGAAGAACAGGAGACAACUCGAGAAGAGUGGAUGAUAUUAUCAGACCUCAACACUCCUUUUGACAACUCUGAACAAACACCAGAGUCCACAUAUGACUGGCAACUCGACAGAGCCAAUUAUUCAGAACAACAAAUUCAAGAAAUGCCAACAUGGAUAAAAACAAACAAAGAGGAAUACACUGUUGAUGAGCAAUAUGAUGUUGUUGACAUCAACAGUUUUAGCGAAAUGCAAAAACUUGCUUAUGACAUUGUUAAGUCUCAUUUUGAUGAUACAUCAUCUGAGAAAGAACCAUUAUGUCUCAUUAUAAAUUGUGUUGCAGGAACUGGUAAAAGUUACAUUAUUAAUGCUAUUAGAAAUCUUUUGCAAAGUAAAUGUGCUGUUACUGCUACCACAGGUAAAGCAGCUUAUAACAUUAGAGGUGUAACUGUGCAUUCUCUAUUAAAGUUACCUAUAGGAUCAAGAGGUAAUAAAGACCUCACAGGACAAAGCUUGUGUAGGUUACAAGAGAGUGUUAAUAACAUUGGAUACAUCAUUAUUGAUGAAUACUCCAUGCUUGGCCAAGUUACUUUUGGUUGGAUAGACAAGCGUUGCAAACAAGCAACUGGUUAUAAUGACAAAGUAUUUGGAGGAAGAUCAUUGAUUUUAACUGGUGAUCCAGGUCAAUUGCCACCAGUAGCAGAUAAACCUCUUUACCAUGCUAAACCAUCAAAUGCUGUUGGUGAACAAGGUCAUCAAGCAUAUCAUAUGUUUGAUAAAGUUGUCAAACUCACUGUAAAUCAACGUGUGCAAGGUAUGACAUCUGAGCAAGUACAGUUCAGAGAUUUGUUAUUGCGACUUCGCAAAGGUGACUCAACUGUUGAUGACUGGAAAUUACUUCUGACACGCCAACCAUCAAAUGUCACUAAUUUAUGUGACUUUGAAGAUUCUACUAGACUCUUUUAUAGUAAUGAACAAGUUGGUAAUUACAACCAUGAGCAGCUAACAAAACUUGAGCAUCCAAUUGCUCAUAUUAAUGCGCGUCAUUCAUCUGCAUUGGCCAAAAAGAUAUCCUCAGAUGAUAUGUCUGGGUUAGAACCCGUUGUGUUUCUAGCAAAAGGUGCUAGGGUCAUGUUAACCAUGAAUUUGUGAUCAAGUGUUGGCCUCUGUAAUGGGGCUACUGGCACAGUUGUUGAUAUUAUCUAUCAGGGGCCGGUUGUAUAAAAACGUAAUUAACUCUAACUGUAGUUAGCGUUAAUCACUGUAGUUAAAUCCUUAACUGUAAUUAGUUAACUACAUGACUUAACUGCGUUGCACAAAACGUAGUUAGUCGGAUAGUUAACUAAUCACGUAGUUAACUGUGCGUGGGGCAUGCGUGGGGCGUUUAAACACAAAAUUACAUAAAGUAAGCAGCAAAAAACGACCGCUGACAAACAUUUUCAACAUGAUUGUGGACUCGUAUUUUGCAAAUAGGCGGGAAUUUUAUUCAAAACACUAGAAAAACAAUGAAAAAUAUACAAGAAAACAAGGAAAAACCACCCCAAAAAUCAUAAAAGAAUGCAGUUUUUCCUUGAGAUGCCCACGUUAAACCAAGGUAAUGCUGUUUGGCAAUUAUAUAUCAGUGUUUCUUGGUGUAAUGGACCAUACUUCGUCUUCGAGAAAUCGUCCUGUGCAAAAAUAUGUUCUGUUUUCGUAAAACACCAAAGCGAUAGCGUUUGAAGAGUUUAUAUUGUCAGGAAACAUUCACAGGGAAGAUAGCGAUUGAAAAUCUCAGGUAACCGUUGCUUUUCAUUGUUGUUUUAUUGAAAAAUGUUGUUCACUCCUAUACAAACGCCAUUUUUAACUACGUUUUGGACAGUUAACUAUACCCUAAAGCAUAGUUAACUUUAACUACUUGUUAACUGCAGUUAAGGCUAACUACACUUUUAUACAACCGGCUUAACUACGUGAUUAAAGUUAACUAUUUUUUAAGGCUUUUUAACUACUUUUUAACUGCAGUUAGCGCUAUCUACGUUUUUAUACAACCGGCCCCAGAACAACCAUCAACCUCCUGACUUACCUAUUGCGGUAAUAGUAGAAUAAUGAUUUGUGAAUCUUCACUGCCUUUCUAUUAGUUAUUUAAACCGCCAUAUUGAAAAGCAAUUGAUAAUAUAUAUUAUCAAUUGCUUUUCAAUAUGGCGGCGCUUGCGGCGCGCGACAAAGUUAAGAGGAAUAGGGCGAGUUUUAACACCGAUCGACAUUUAGAACAUUCUACAACAAUUUUUGGGCUGCCUAUGGUAGAAUUUGAAAACUAUAGAGGACCUGUUUUUAAUGAAAACCAACCAUUGUGUAUCCCAAUAAUUCCAAUCACUGUUGCAUCACAGACAGAAAUAGGUUUCCAUGAGAGGCAACAGUUACCUCUUAGGCUUGCUUGGGCUCUAACAAUACACAAGAGCCAAGGACUCACACUUCCAAAAGCAUGGACAGAUAUUGGCAAAUCUGAAAGAACUGCUGGAGUUUGUUAUGUUGCUAUUAGCAGAGUAAAAUCACUUGCCUCUUGUGUCAUUGAACCAAUGACGUAUAACGAUUAACAAGCUUGAAAUCAUCAGCCAACUUACAAUAUAGGCUUGAAGAAGAAAACAGGCUAGAUCAGUUAGCACAGGCUACUAGCAGUGCAUUCAGAACAACAAACUAUAGAGUUUGAAUAAGAAAGGGAUUUCAUAUAUGGAUCCCAGUUAUAGUUUGGUAUGUACUUUGACUAUAUACCCUUUUCAGUAAUUUAAUUUAUUAUAUAAUAACUAAUUUAGUCCUUGUUAUCACUGUAUGUAUGAAAAUAUUAUGAUUUGCAAGACAAAAGAAUGGUAAGUUUUUUUGUUUGUUUAGCCCCUCCCCCUGCCCUACCUUUAUUUUAAUUAAUUUAUGUGCUACUAUGUUUCCACAUAAAUAGCUCAUGCUACCAAUUUUUUUCUAUAGUUCUGCAAUUCUGAUGGAUGUGAAUGCUGCCAUGUUAACUGCUGAAUGAAACCAAAUUGUUGUUACAGCCCAAAUAUAAUAUGGAUAUAUUAUACAUCACGUGAAAAUGGAUGGUAGCUUCUGGAUUAACAGAAAUGUUCAUGUAUUUCUAUUAAAACAAGAAUGCUGAUUUACAAGAUUGUAUGGAUAUAUAUUACAUAUAUUAUAUUACAUCACAUGAAAAUGGAUGGUAACUUCUGGAUUAACAGAAUUGUACAUGUAUUUGAUUUCUAUUAAAACAAGAAUGCUGAUUUACAAGAUUGUAUGGAUAUACUACAUCUAUAAUGCAAUUGGAUGGAAUCUGCCAUGUAUUAAAUUACCAUACUUGUUUCCAAUCUAUACCAUAUGGAUGUCAGGAACAUUGUAUGUCACAAUAUCACAUACCUAUAUAAACACUAACCUGUUUUACAUCAGUAUUGGACAAUAAUGAUGGCCAACAAUGGACACUACCUGUACAUGCUAAAUAAAUACGAAACAUCUACAUAUUGGACAAAAAACCAAUGGUCACACUUGGUUAUCUAAUGGAAAAUACAGUAGACUGUCAUUACUUUGAAAGAAUAUGAAAACUUAACUUACAACAAAGUAGUCAUAUCACGUUUAAAGACAUAUGUUUGUUCUUCCUAAUUGUGUUCUUCUAGACGUUUUGACAAGUGAAGACGGUUUAAAACAUUGGUACCAAUAAUCACAUGUAGUAAUUAUUGCAUAUUGUAAUUUCCAUUUUUUUUUAAACAAAAUAAAUUCAUACAUACAGUGUGAUAAAUGAAUUUUAUUGGCAUAAUCACUCCCCAGGGCUUUGGUCGUAAGGCAGCACUUUCCUUGCGAUAGUAACUUCUAGUAUAUGAAUAGUCUGAAUUUUAAUGUCAGCUGCAGCGAACAUUAAGUAUAAUUUCAUUGACAUUGUACAUGCAUUCAAAAUCCUAUUCUAUUGUUCUCACCUGUUUUUGUGCUUUCUAGCUGUCUUAGGCUUUUCUCGAUUGUGCUAGUAAAACUGGCAUAUUGUGCCACUAGCACAGUAGCAGUGCUCUUUUUUUGUCUACAUUGUGCUAGAAUUAUCUGGAAUUAACAUUUUUGUUAAAUUAAAUUAUGUUAUUCACAAAAUACACUAGAAAGGUCAAAAAUAACUUUUACUGUUAGCGAAAGCAAGUUACUAACUUUUAUAAAAACUGGUAAUUUCUUUACCCUGAACUAUUCUUAACUUAAAAACUUAAUAACACAACAUGAAACCCAAAAGAAAGAGAGCAUUGGCUUUUAAAUUAGUCAAUAUCCAAAUCGCUUCUUAAUAUUCGGAAUAGACUGAAGCUUAAUGUAAAAUAUUUUGUAAAGCAUCAGGUUUUAAAUGAAUCAAAUCUGCAUCGUUAGUCUACAGGGUGUAUCAAAAAAAAGGAGACCUUUAGAAAUCAAGCAUAUUGUUAAAAUUUGAAUGCCAUUUCAAUUGCACAUAUGCUGAACUGUGGUGCGUGAAAUACUGAUGGAGUGCAUCUAUUAGAAAAAGGAGACCUUUAGAAAUCAACCAUUGUUAUAAUUUGAAUCCUGGAGCACUUUGCUAAGCACAUGGUAGAUUGUUCCCAGGAGCAGGCAAUCUUUUGGUUAAACGUUAUUUCAAAUUCUAAAGGUCUCCUUUUUCUAAUAUAUGCAUCCAUCAAUAUUUCACGCAAUACGGUUCAGCAUAUGUGCAAUUGAAAAGGCAUUCAAAUUUUAACAAUGUGCUUGAUUUCUAAAGGUCUCCUUUUUUGAUACACCCUGUAUAGGUGGAUUUUAUCAGGCUCCACUGAGCUCAUUGUCUAUGAAGGGCGCGCUUAAACAAAAUAUCUCAGUAUACAGGGUGUAUAAAAAAAAAACGCAACCUCGGAAUUUCCUACGAAAUCACUUUGCAAUUCUUAAGCAUAAAAGAUUUUAGGCCCCUGGGAAUUGAAAUCGAAUUGCUAAUAGAUCAUAUUACUGUUGUUGUGCAUUAAAUAAAUGCAUAAAUUUUGCUUUAUGCACUCGCGUGUGCAGUAAUUUUGACAGUUAUGCUAUUUUAAAUUCCCAGGCGCCUAAAAUAAUUUGUCUUUAAAACAAUGACGAUUUCUUGGGAAAUUCCGAGGUUGCGCUUUUUUUUAUACACCCUGUAGAAUCCCAUUGUUUGACCUACAUUCCCAUGGGAUGUUAGAGCGUGGUCGGAUUGCAUGAAACCUAAACAUACUGAUCAAUAGUAAACAAUUAUCGGAUGAGGCUGAGCAUGAUAUCAAGAAUUACUCAAACGAGUCAAUGUUAUCUGCCGAAGCGAAGCUGAGGCGGAUAACAUUGACGGCGAGGUCUGAAUAAUUCUUGAUUUCAUGCGCGCGAAAGCCGAAUAAAAUACAAAUUUUGUGACCUCACAUGAAAUUACUCUAUAGAACAUGCGCAUUUGUGAACUGAAGAGUAAAAAUAUAAGACAAUUUGUGAUAACUUGGCUUUGAGUAACAUUCCUCAUCCUACUAAUUUAACUUCCAUAUUAAAUUUUAACUUCCAUAUUAUAGCACUUCCGUUACAGUCGAUAUUAGUUUGAUAAUUAUAUAAAUUCCUUAGCUUGUUUUGGAUUCUUUGCAAAUAAUAAUCGUGGCGCAUUAAAAGGACAGCAACGUCGCUUAUUUUAUUAAUUAAAAAAAUACUUUUUCUAUAGAAUCGCCAUGUGACUCUGAACCAUGUUUUAACGGAGGAAAAUGUUCAAAUGUUGGAGAUUCAUUCGAGUGUAAAUGUCCUUCUGGUUAUAAAGGGAAAAGAUGUCAGGAAAUAGGUCCGACUUCACUUUAUUUUCCACAUUUCUAUUAAUUAAUCGAUUACGGCACCGUAUCUGUUGCACAUUGCUAUUAAUUGAUACCCUUUGUAUUCCUUUAAUCAAAAUUGUGAAAAAAUGUUUUAGUAUCUCCGUGUGAUUCUGGACCAUGUGAAAAUGAAGGUGAAUGUUCAAAUGUUGGAGAUUCAUUCGAGUGUUCAUGUCCUUCUGGUUAUAAAGGAAAAAGAUGUCAGGAAAUAGGUACGAUUACGGCACCAUAUCUGUUGCACAUUUCUAUUAAUUGAUACUCUUUGUAAUCCUUUAUUAACCAAAAUUGUGAAAAUAUGUUUUAGUAUCUCCGUGUGAUUCUGGACCAUGUGAAAAUGGAGGUGAAUGUUCAAAUGUUGGAAAUUCCUUCGAGUGUUCAUGUCCUUCUGGUUAUAAAGGAAAAAGAUGUCAGGAAAUAGGUACGAUUUCAUUUUAUUUCAUUUUAUUUUGCCCAUUUCUAUUAAUUGAUACUCUUUGUAAUCCUUUAUUAACCAAAAUUGUGAAAAUAUGUUUUAGUAUCUCCGUGUGAUUCUGGACCAUGUGAAAAUGAAGGUGAAUGUUCAAAUGUUGGAAAUUCAUUCGAGUGUUCAUGUCCUUCUGGUUAUAAAGGGAAAAGAUGUCAGGAAAUAGGUACGAUUACGGCACCGUAUCUGUUGCACAUUGCUAUUAAUUGAUACCCUUUGUAUUCCUUUAAUCAAAAUUGUGAAAAAAUGUUUUAGUAUCUCCGUGUGAUUCUGGACCAUGUGAAAAUGAAGGUGAAUGUUCAAAUGUUGGAGAUUCAUUCGAGUGUUCAUGUCCUUCUGGUUAUAAAGGAAAAAGAUGUCAGGAAAUAGGUACGAUUACGGCACCGUAUCGCUGUUGCACAUUGCUAUUAAUUGAUACCCUUCGUAAUCCUUUAACCAAAAUUUUGAAAAUAUGUUUUAGUGCCUCCGUGUGAUUCUGGACCAUGUAAAAAUGGAGGUGAAUGUUCAAAUGUUGGAAAUUCCUUCGAGUGUUCAUGUCCUUCGGGUUAUAAAGGGGAAAGAUGUCAGGAAAUAGGUACGACUUCAUUUUAUUUCAUUUUAUUUUGCCCAUUUCUAUUAAUUGAUACUCUUUGUAAUCCUUUAUUAACCAAAAUUGUGAAAAUAUGUUUUAGUAUCUCCGUGUGAUUCUGGACCAUGUGAAAAUGGAGGUGAAUGUUCAAAUGUUGGAAAUUCCUUCGAGUGUUCAUGUCCUUCGGGUUAUAAAGGGGAAAGAUGUCGGGAAAUAGGUACGACUUCAUUUUAUUUCAUUUUAUUUUGCACAUUUCUAUUAAUUAAUACCCUUUGUAAUCCUUAAAGGCACAGUUCAGCCUUUUGAACGAUGCUUUUUAAGGCGCAUUUGAGCCCUUUCAAUUGAAAAAACUAACUAGGAAAAUCACUUAAGCAUAAUUCAAAAUCAGUAAACUUGAUGUUUUUAACAAUAUAAAUAUUUUAAAAUGUUAAAAACAUUAAGUUUGAUGAUCUUGAAUUAUGCUUAAUUGAUUUUCCUAGUUAGUUUUUUCAAUUAAAAGGGCCGAAAUGCGCCUUAAAAACCAUCGUUCAACAGGCUGAACUGUGCCUUUAAACAAAAAUUGUGAAAAAAUGUUUUAGUAUCUGCGUGUGAUUCUGGACCAUGUGAAAAUGGAGGUGAAUGUUCAAAUGUUGGAAAUUCAUUCGAGUGUUCAUGUCCUUCUGGUUAUAAAGGGAAAAGAUGUCAGGAAAUAGGUACGAUUACGGCACCGUAUCUGUUGCACAUUGCUAUUAAUUGAUACCCUUUGUAUUCUUUAAUCAAAAUUGUGAAAAAAUGUUUUAGUAUCUCCGUGUGAUUCUGGGCCAUGUGAAAAUGGAGGUGAAUGUUCAAAUGUUGGAAAUUCCUUCGAGUGUUCAUGUCCUUCUGGUUAUAAAGGAAAAAGAUGUCAGGAAAUAGGUACGACUUCAUUUUAUUUCAUUUUAUUUUGCACAUUUCUAUUAAUUGAUAUUUUUGUAAUCCGUUAUUAACCAAAAUUGUGAAAAUAUGUUUUAGUAUCUCCGUGUGAUUCUGGACCAUGUGAAAAUGAAGGUGAAUGUUCAAAUGUUGGAAAUUCAUUCGAGUGUUCAUGUCCUUCUGGUUAUAAAGGGAAAAGAUGUCAGGAAAUAGGUACGAUUACGGCACCGUAUCUGUUGCACAUUGCUAUUAAUUGAUACCCUUUGUAUUCCUUUAAUCAAAAUUGUGAAAAAAUGUUUUAGUAUCUCCGUGUGAUUCUGGACCAUGUGAAAAUGAAGGUGAAUGUUCAAAUGUUGGAAAUUCAUUCGAGUGUUCAUGUCCUUCUGGUUAUAAAGGGAAAAGAUGUCAGGAAAUAGGUACGAUUACGGCACCGUAUCUGUUGCACAUUGCUAUUAAUUGAUACCCUUUGUAUUCUUUAAUCAAAAUUGUGAAAAAAUGUUUUAGUAUCUCCGUGUGAUUCUGGGCCAUGUGAAAAUGGAGGUGAAUGUUCAAAUGUUGGAAAUUCCUUCGAGUGUUCAUGUCCUUCUGGUUAUAAAGGAAAAAGAUGUCAGGAAAUAGGUACGACUUCAUUUUAUUUCAUUUUAUUUUGCACAUUUCUAUUAAUUGAUAUUUUUGUAAUCCGUUAUUAACCAAAAUUGUGAAAAUAUGUUUUAGUAUCUCCGUGUGAUUCUGGACCAUGUGAAAAUGAAGGUGAAUGUUCAAAUGUUGGAAAUUCAUUCGAGUGUUCAUGUCCUUCUGGUUAUAAAGGGAACAGAUGUCAGGAAAUAGGUACGAUUAUGGCACCGUAUCUGUUGCACAUUGCUAUUAAUUGAUACCCUUUGUAUUCUUUAACCAAAAUUGUGAAAAAAUGUUUUAGUAUCUCCGUGUGAUUCUGGACCAUGUGAAAAUGAAGGUGAAUGUUCAAAUGUUGGAGAUUCAUUCGAGUGUUCAUGUCCUUCUGGUUAUAAAGGAAAAAGAUGUCAGGAAAUAGGUACGAUUACGGCACCGUAUCGCUGUUGCACAUUGCUAUUAAUUGAUACCCUUCGUAAUCCUUUAACCAAAAUUUUGAAAAUAUGUUUUAGUGCCUCCGUGUGAUUCUGGACCAUGUAAAAAUGGAGGUGAAUGUUCAAAUGUUGGAAAUUCCUUCGAGUGUUCAUGUCCUUCGGGUUAUAAAGGGGAAAGAUGUCAGGAAAUAGGUACGACUUCAUUUUAUUUCAUUUUAUUUUGCACAUUUCUAUUAAUUAAUACCCUUUGUAAUCCUUAAAGGCACAGUUCAGCCUUUUGAACGAUGCUUUUUAAGGCGCAUUUGAGCCCUUUUAAUUUGAAAAAACUAACUAGGAAAAUCACUUAAGCAUAAUUCAAAAUCAGUAAACUCGAUGUUUUUAACAAUAUAAAUAUUUUAAAAUGUUAAAAACAUUAAGUUUGAUGAUCUUGAAUUAUGCUUAAUUGAUUUUCCUAGUUAGUUUUUUCAAUUAAAAGGGCCGAAAUGCGCCUUAAAAACCAUCGUUCAACAGGCUGAACUGUGCCUAUAAACAAAAAUUGUGAAAAAAUGUUUUAGUAUCUGCGUGUGAUUCUGGACCAUGUGAAAAUGGAGGUGAAUGUUCAAAUGUUGGAAAUUCAUUCGAGUGUUCAUGUCCUUCUGGUUAUAAAGGGAAAAGAUGUCAGGAAAUAG